ACUUUAGUUCCACUGUUUUCACCUCGAACAUCAUUACUGGGACCUGGUGGUUUAUAGCUUUAUAGAGACGUCAUCAAACCUUUGCUCCAUCUCAUAUUAUCAAUUCAUCACUGAAUAACCAUCAUAAAACAACAGCAUACUAUGUAUGCUGUUGUUCAAAGUCUCCUUCCUCAUUUUUCUUCCUCACUGAGGAGCCCAGCAGCUAAAUCUAUACUCUCAGAACCUUUAGAACCGUGUUAAAGAUCUGUAUCGGGACCUUUUGUGCUUUUAUAUUUUCAUACGACGCGGGGCAGCAUACGUUUUCAUCACGGAGAAGCUAAGGCCUCCAGUCUACUAUGGAUGAGUUGAGAGAGGAGGGGGGUCCUACCCCUAAGACCACUCUGUCUGGGGAACAUGGCCGCCAGAGCAAAGCUAAGAGCCCAGAGCAGCAGGAAAGAGCAGACUCCCCUGGACCCAGCUGUGUCUCCAUGAAGAGUGACCACUCUAUGGAUCCACCUGGCACGUUUAAAGAGGGAAAUCAGUCUAUUGAGAAGAGAAGAUUCCAGCAGGAGAGAGCAGACUCCCCUGGACCCAGCUGUGUCUCCAUGAAGAGUGACCGCUCUAUGGGUCUACCUGAAGUGUUUAAAGAUGGAAAUCAGUCUAUUGAGAAGAGAAGAUUCCAGCAGGAGAGAGCAGACUCCCCUGGACCCAGCUGUGUCUCCAUGAAGAGUGACCGCUCUAUGGGUCUACCUGAAGUGUUUAAAGAUGGAAAUCAGUCUAUUGAGAAGAGACCAGAGCAGCAGGAGAGAGCAGACUCCCCUGGACCAAGCUGUGUCUCCAUGAAGAGUGACUGGUCUAUGGAUCCCCCUGGCACGUUUAAAGAGGGAAAUCCGUCUAUUGAGAAGAGCCCAGAGCAGCAGGAGAGAGCAGACUCCCCUGGACCCAGCUGUGUCUCCAUGAAGAGUGACCGCUCUAUGGAUCUACCUGAAGUGUUUAAAGAGGGAAAUCCGUCUAUUGAGAAGAGAAGAUUCCAGCAGGAGAGAGCAGACUCCCCUGGACCCAGCUGUGUCUCCAUGAAGAGUGACCGCUCUAUGGAUCUACCUGAAGUGUUUAAAGAGGGAAAUCCGUCUAUUGAGAAGAGAAGAUUCCAGCAGGAGAGAGCAGACUCCCCUGGACCCAGCCGUGUCUCCAUGAAGAGUGACUGGUCUGGACCUCCUGAAUUGAAAGAUGGACGCCCCACCAGAAAGCAGAGACAAAACCAGGAGAGGUCUAAGGUUGCCAGUGCUCAUUCAGUACAGCAGAAUCAAACAGUGCUGAUCAAGAGGGCUGAGGAGAACGCACACGCUUUUCUAGACAAGGAGCUGAAGAAGCACUGGAGGGAUCUCUUCCCAGAUUACCCACAAUGCUCAGAGAGUCAGAUGGAGGAGGAGGAUGGUAAAAACAUUGAGCAGAGGAGGCGCGCCAUAGAGGGAGUGGCAGACAUCACAAAGCUCUGCCUGAUAGAGAUGAACCAGGAGGAACUGGCUGACACAAUUGGGGGCGGAUCUGCUGCUGUUCAGUGCCAACAUAACAUGAAGUCCCAACUGAUGGAGAAGUUCAGGUGUAUGUUUGAGGGAAUCGCUAAAGCAGGACAUUCAACACCUCUGAAUGAAUUCUACACAGAGCUCUUCAUCACAGAGAGAGUCAGUGAAGAGGUCAACAAGGAACAUGAGGUCAGACUGAUUGAAACAGCCUCCAGGAAACCAGCCAAGGGGGAAACACCAAUCAAAUGUGAUAACAUCUUUAAACCCUUAUCUGAACAAGAUCAACCAAUCAGAAUAAUAAUGACAACUGGAGUGGCCGGCAUUGGUAAAACCGUCUUAACACACAAGUUCACUCUGGACUGGGCUGAAGGCAAUGCCAACCACGACAUACACUUCACAUUUCUCUUCCCUUUCAGAGAGCUGAACUUACUGAAAGGGAAAGAGUUUAGCUUGCUGGAACUUCUUCAUCACUUCUUUAUCGAGACCAAAGAAGCAGGAAUCUGCAGAUACGACCGGUUCCAAGUUGUUUUCAUCUUGGAUGGUCUGGAUGAGUGUCGACUUCCUCUGGACUUCCAGCACAACCCGAUCUGGACUGAUGUUACAACGUCCGCCUCAGUGGACGUGCUGCUGACAAACCUCAUCAGGGGCAACCUGCUUCCCUCUGCUCGUAUCUGGAUAACCACACGCCCUGCGGCAGCCAAUAAGAUCCCUGCUGACUGUGUUGAUAGGGUGACAGAGGUGAGAGGGUUCACUGACCCACAGAAGGAGGAGUACUUCAGGAAGAGAUUCAGAGGGGAGAAGCUGGCCAGCAAGAUCAUCUCCUAUGUCAAGACAUCACGAAGCCUCCACAUCAUGUGUCACAUCCCAGUCUUCUGUUGGAUCACAGCUACAGUUCUGAAGGACUUCUUCAAAACAUCCAAGAGAAGAGAGGAGAUGCCCAAGACCGUGACUCAGAUGUACAGUCACUUCCUGCGUGUUCAGUCCAUACAGGGGGACAGGAAGUACCAUGGGAGGGCUGAAACAGAUCCAGACUGGAGUUCAGAGGGCAGGGAGAUCAUUGUUUCUCUGGGAAAAUUGGCUUUUAACCAGCUGAAGAAAGGCAACCUGAUCUUCUACGAGUCAGACCUGGCAGAGUGUGACAUUGAUAUCAGGGCAGCCUCUCACACAGGAGUGUUCACCCAGAUCUUUAAAGAGGAGUGUGGGCUGUACCAUGGCAAGGUGUUCUGCUUUGUCCAUCUGAGCAUCCAGGAGUUUCUGGCUGCCCUCUAUGUCUUUCAGUUCUUUCUCAAAACUGGGGUCAAUCUUCUCUCAGAAGAACAACAAACCUGCAUGGAAGAUAUACUCAAUCUCUACCAGAGUGCCGUGGACAAGGCCUUACAGAGUGAGAAUGGACACCUGGACUUGUUCCUCCGCUUCCUCCUGGGCCUCUCGCUGGAGACCAAUCAGAUUCUCCUACGAGGUCUGCUGGGACAGACAGGAAGUAGCUCACAGACCAAUCAGAAUACAGUGUCUUACAUCAAGAAGAAGAUAAAUGGAGAUCUUUCUCCAGAGAGAAGUAUCAAUCUGAUCCACUGUCUGAAUGAGCUCAACGACCGUUCUCUAGUGGAGGAGAUCCAACAGCUCCUGACAUCAGGAAGACUCUCAAGAGAAUCCCUCUCUCCUGCUCAGUGGUCAGCUCUGGUAUUCAUCUUACUGUCAUCAGAAGAGGAGCUGGAGGUGUUUGACCUGAAGAAAUACUCUGCUUCAGAGGAGGGUCUUCUGAGGCUGCUGCCAGUGGUUAAAGCCUCCAAAACAUCUCUGCUGAAUGGCUGUCAUCUGUCAGAGAGAUGCUGUGAAGCUCUGGCCUCAGUUCUCAGCUCCAACUCCUCUAGUCUGAGAGAGCUUAACCUGAGUACCAAUGAUAUGCAGGAUACAGGAGUGAAGCUGCUCUCUGCUGGACUGGGGAGUCCACACUGUAGAUUGGAAACUCUCAGGUUGUCUGGCUGCCUGGUUACACAGGAAGGCUUUGAUUCUCUGGCCUCAGCCCUGAGCUCCAACCCCUCCCAUCUGAGAGAGCUAGACCUGAGCUACAAUCAUCCAGGAGACUCUGGAGCUGCGCUGCUCUCUGCUGGACUGGAGGAUCCACGCUGGAGACUGGACACUCUCAGUGUGGAGCACGGUGGACUGUGGAGGCUGAAACCAGCUCUAAAGAAGUAUGCCUGUGAACUCACACUGGACCCAAACACAGCCCACAGACGACUCUCUCUGUCUGAGGACAACAGAAAGGUGACGCUGGUUGGAGUGGACCAGUUGUAUCCUGAUCACCCAGGGAGAUUUGACUCCUUUCCCCAGGUGUUGUGUAGAGAGGGUCUGCCUGGCUACUGUUACUGGGAGGUAGAGAUGAAAGGACGUGUUGACAUAGGAGUGACAUACAGAGGAAUCACAAGGAGAGAAGGUCGUGACAGCUGGCUUGGAUGGAACAACAAGUCCUGGAGUCUUAGUUGUUAUGAUAAAGGUUACUCUGCCAGGUACAACGGUAGAGGACCAGACGUACAUCUCUCCCCUGCUGGCCCUAGAGUAGGAGUGUAUCUGGACCGUCCUGCUGGCACUCUGUCCUUCUACAGAGUGUCCCCAGGUGGAGGAGGGACCUCAGACACACUGACACUCAUCCACACCUUUCAGUCCACCUUCACCAAGGAGGACCUCCUCCCUGGGUUCAGGUUAUUGAAAGGUGGUGCCUCAGUGUCUCUGUGUUGGUUGUAGCAACACGCACACGCACACACACACACACACACACACACACACACACACACACACACACACACACACACACACACACACACACACACACACACACACACACACACACACGCACACAUUUAUGAACACGCACACACGCAUAUUUGAAUACAUACACUACACACACAUGCAUAUAAAAAUACACACACACACACUCAUACACAUUUAUGAAUACACACACUACACACAGAAACACGCAUAUAUAAAUACACACGCACACACACACACACACACAUACAUGCAUAUAUAAACACACACAUGCAAACACACACAAUACACUACACACGUUCAAAUAAAUUAACCCACACACACACACACACGCAUAUAUGAAUACACACACUCACAUGCACACACGUGCACAUGUAUGAAUUUAAAUUUCCACACACACAUACUCAUGUAUGAAUACACACACUAGACACACACUUUCACAAUCACACAGACACACACACAGACACACUUUAAUACAAAAACAAACACUUAUAUCAAUACACACUACAAACACACACACACAAAAAAAAAAUCUGAAUGUACACACACACUGUUUUUUGUUGAUUUAAUGUACUCAACUAUAAUCAAUGCUACAUUUUACCGGCUCUUCAAAAGUUGAGUGUGUUAAACCAUGAAUGGAAGAGACUUUUAAGAUUUUCCAUAGGGCUAAGCAGGUUUUACAAAGAAUAUAUUUCUAAUGUAAAAUAUAUUUUAAAUAUUGUUUGAUUGUAAAUCAAACUUGUUUAUACUUCAAUAUUUUGUAUAUUUUGACAUUAACAGUUUCAAGGGCUCUGAUAUCAGUUUAUAUUUUUAAGCCUACCAUGGAACCCUAUUUAAAGCAGAUUUAAUAUUAUAUUCAUAAUGAAAGCGGUCUGCUAAAAGCUAUUUAUCAUGUUGUGAAUGACUAUGAACUUUCAGAGUAUUGAUUCCUUGUGUUCUGUUGGGAAGAAUACAGCAGCAGAACAUGUUCAGAUUUUAAAGAUAUGUGCACACCUGUUUAUGAUUAGUAAUGUCUGCUCCUUCUAUUGUUUGAGACCUAGUAUUUAUUGUAUUACAUUUUAUGUAAGGGACUCUUUUUCUGUUGUACUGGUUAAUAAAACAUAAUGGUGAUAAACAA